AUGCCCAAGGAGACCACACAGGUGGGGGGCACCUACCUCAGCCUGGAGGCAGCAGGGGAGCUGGGGAAUCACAUUCCACAUAAGAAUGAACACAACACUUUAAGAUCAAGAAUUUCAGGAGCACAAAGAAGGUUGAAUUCAUCCCACAGAUCCUCAUGCAGUCUCACGCAAUCUCUCUGCCCCACUGGGAGUGUGUUAGCAGGUACAAUCGGCGCAGGGACAAGAACUGUGACCAAAUGUAUCUUUGCAUACAAUGGGUCUGAUUGCAGCGAUGCCCCCAGAAAUGCCCACCAGAAGAAGCUGGCUGUCUCACUAGCCUCUUGCAAAUACACUGAAAUCAGAAAACCUGCACAGAGAAAAUAUGCCAGGUAUGUGAGAUCAUGUCAGCUCUCAGCCAGGCUCUGCCCUGAAGGACUUUGCAAGGAAAUGGGUCAUUGGACCACUCCUGAGCCACCUGGAGCGUCUGGACGUGCGUGGCCCUUCCUUGUUCCUGCCCAAAUAAGCAAAAACAGAAGAAACAAACAAAUAAGGAACUUUCGAAAGCAGCAAAGACUGAAAGCCUAUGACAGUGGGGCAGUUGGAAAAUCCGGGCUGUGGAGAAAAAUGAAAGCCUUGCUUCGACUGCAGAAUAAGACAGAUUACCUCCUAUGGGAUUGGCACCAGCUCACACCAUCUCCUCCGGGCUCUCUUGCAGCCUAGGGAAAACCCUGGAAAUCCAGAGGAUGUGCUCUUUCAUUGUGAAUGCAGUGUUUUAAGGAGCCUGGAAGGAC